UUGACUUGUUUCUUGAGAAUCUGAGUCAAUUUUCAUUCAUUAAUUUUUGUUUUGUUAGUUAAACAAAAAUCGAAUGUGAAAUCGAAUUGUUAUUAAUUUUUUAUUUAUCAUAACAAUUUGUAGAAAAUUAAUUUAAUAAGAGCAAAAUUUAAACCUAAUCCUGUCGACACAAUGGACCAAGUCAUUGAUAAACUACAAAUUGAAAUCGAAAAACUACGUUUACAAUUGUUAGAAAAAGAAGAUAAAUUAAAGGAACUAAAAGUACUCCAGGUACAAAACAGUCUUCCACCUCCAAGUGAAUCAAGAUUGUUGACCAACGAUGAAAUAGCUCGUUACAGUCGUCAGCUAAUUCUUCCUGACUUCGGAGGGGUCCAAGGACAGUUGAAACUAAAAAAGACUUCGUUUUUGAUAGUGGGAGCUGGAGGACUAGGUUGUCCCGCCGCCCACUACUUGGCGGCAGCAGGUGCUGGCACUAUCGGUAUUGUGGACUACGAUGUUGUGGAAAUCAACAAUCUUCACCGUCAAAUCCUUCACACAGAGCAAAACGUUGGCCUUCUAAAAGUCCACUCAGCCAAAUUCGCUUUGAACAGCAACAAUGCAAGUUGCAAGAUUAUCACCUAUGCACGGCAAAUAAACAGCGACAACACUCUGCAAACGAUCGAGGAUUUCGAUGUGAUUCUGGAUUGCAGUGAUAAUGUUGCCACGCGCUAUUUGUUGAAUGAUGCUUGUGUCAUGAAGGGAAAGCCUUUGGUUUCAGGAAGUGCUCUACAGUUUGAUGGUCAGCUGACCGUAUACAAUUUGAAUGGAGGACCAUGUUAUAGGUGUCUUUUUCCAGUUCCUCCGCCACCUGAGACAGUGACCAACUGUGGUGAUGGAGGGGUCUUAGGAGCAGUUACGGGUGUUAUUGGAUCACUUCAAGCAUUGGAGGCUAUUAAAAUUGCCCUUGAUCUUGGCGAUACUCUUAGUGGACGCUUGUUGUUGUUCGAUGGAACCAAAUCAGUCUUUCGAAACAUUAAACUUCGAGCGAAGAGAAAAGAUUGCGAUGUUUGUUCGGAAAAUCCAAUGGUAACGAGACUUAUCAAUUAUGAACAUUUUUGUGGAAUGCGUGCAUCUGAUAAGGAUUUCGCACUGUCCAUCCUUCAUGAAAGCCAUCGAAUGUCUGCCUUAGAGUACAAAAAUCUGUCGAAGGAGCAACAUUUACUCAUCGAUGUUCGAAGUCCAGUUGAAUUUGAAAUGUGUCGACUUGAUAAUUCAAUCAAUAUUCCCCUCAAAAAUAUUCUAGACGGAAGUAGAAUAAACGAAAUACAAUCUAAAAUCCAGAGUGAUAAUAUGCCAGUUGUCGUCCUUUGUCGUCGUGGUAACGAUUCCCAAAUAGCCGUAGACCAUUUGCGCAACAAACUCAAAAGCUGCCGAGUCAAGGAUAUUAUUGGCGGAUUAUAUGCGUGGCAAAGGAAAGUCGAUCGAAACUUUCCUAUUUAUUAGAUUCUACGCAUAAAAGCUCAAUGAAAAUAAUUCUUUCUUUUUUUUAUCUAUGUAUGUAGGUACAUACCACAAACACGACUUAAUUAAAUUUUGUUUCUCUUUAUUGUUAAAGCAAUAUGUAUUUUAUAAAUGUAUAUGAAAGGCUUAUAAAUUUUAUCGAAAUAAGAA